AUGGAUGUCAACCACUUCCUCAUCAGUUCUUUAUUAGAAAGGUGGAGAUCAGAAACUCACACAUUUCACUUCCCCCAUGGAGAGACUACUGUGACACUAGAGGAUGUAGCCGUCCUCCUUGGCCUACCGAUAGACGGAGAUAUGGUCACUGGUCCCACUACGGUUCAGGACAUAUUCGCCACCUUCCAUGAACACCUAGGUGUCAUCCCACCACCGACGGUGAUAAGAGGGAACUCAAUUAGAGUUUCUUGGUUAAACUCUACUUUCCAACAGCUUCUACCGAAUGUAAACAAUGAGGUUAUUGCUCAAUAUGCGAGAGCGUACAUUCUCACAUUGAUUGGAAGCAUUUUAAUGCCAGACACGUCUGCAACUAGGGUACAUGUCAUGUAUCUACUUAGGCUAGCUGACUUAAAUGUAGUCAGGAAUUAUAGUUGGGGGUCUGCAGUUUUGGCCUGCCUAUAUCGUUGCCUAGAUCAUGGCAUUCACCUACGCCAAGAAAAUAUUGGUGGAUGCAUGAUCUUGUUACAAUGUUGGGCUUGGGAGAGGAUUACUUCUAUAGCCCCACAACUUCAACCUUUAAGUGAUCAAGAGGUGGCUGAUGGGGAUGGUUUCCUUGUCUAUAGAAGGUGGAUGAAUGUAACGCAUCGGAUAAAUCCAGCUUCAAUUUCAGUUACUGAAUUUCGGUUGAGAUUUGAUCAACUACGUACAAGACAGUUCUUGUGGAGGCCUUACACUUGA